AUGAACUGGGUCAUACUUGCUUACACACUGUUUGGAUGUCUCGUCUGCGCAGAUAUGUUAUUGGACAGCUGCGGUCAAGAGUGUUUAGAUUUCAUCAAAUCCAUAAGCAAGGAAGCAGAUACUAUCAUUCGAACGCGAACAGCCGGAAUGUGGCGUCUGAAUAUUACCAUGAAACCUCGGACAGCGUAUACUAGUAGAUGGAAAUCUCUUCGUUUUCCCAGCAAAGGGUCGGAGUAUAUCAGCAACUUAGAGAUUCGUUGGCCGAUCAAUGCUUACCCGGGUAGAAUAAUCAUGUUUGAAGUGAGUUAUAUGAAGCUACAGGAUAGUCCAGGAUGUCAGGCCGACAGUGUUCAACUCUACAAUGGUAACAGUUAUAGUGACCGUAUGGAUAUCUUUUGUGGAACAUCUAUUGGAUUGGGUUACUACAACUCGACUGAAACUUCUACAUCUGUCAGGUUCUUCUCGAACGGUGACGCUUUUGUAGGGGAAGGCUUUAAGAUCAGAUAUCGAGCUGUCGCACUUCCUAUCCCGUUUUGCUUUCAUCACUACACAAACCAGCAUAUUUUGACUGCCACAACGGAAGCCCAGGUGUUUAAAUCACGUGGUUACCCAUUGUCAUAUCCAAGCAACCUUAGGGAGGAAUGGCUGAUCGUUAAACCGGAAGCGAACGACUCCUUAACCAUUCUUGUUGUAGACGCCGACACUGAGUACAGUGGCAACUGUGGCUAUGAUAGGGUGGCCAUAUAUGAUCGUAGCUGUCCAAAUACUGCUGCGAAAAAGGUUUUUUGUGGAACAGCAACACCAACUGUGACGCUCAAGGGAGAUAAGUUUGCCCUUGUUCGGUUUUAUGCCGACACUACAAACAAUGGACGAGGGAUCAUGGUUAAAUACUACCUGGAACAGAAAACAGACUUAACAGCAGAUAACAGCGGGUUAGAUGACGGAAGCAUAAAAUCCAUCAUCGUGGGUGUCAUUGUUGCAGUUGGUGGUUUUUGCUUAUCACUUGGAAUAAUUCGAUGGGUGAUGCGAUGUCAAGAGAGGCAAAAACGUAAAACUGAAAACGUCAGACGACCUGGCAGGGAAGUAAACGAAAACGAGGAUUCGCUGACAAGCGCAUCAAGGCGUCACGUGCACCGACGUUCGAGGGAUGACACCACGAUUACUGUUGUAGCUAUAUCCCAUUCAGGUCGAACACACAGGAAUGGUCGAAGCGGCAGAAAUUCCUUGACGAAUUUUACAGGCACUGUUGUCCAGCCUCCGUCUUACAACACACUGUUUGAUAGCAGUCAGUCACAGUCCGAAAUAAUUCUUAAACCUCCAGCAUACGAGGCAAAGUCGUACGAACCCCCACCUUACCCCGGCUUCCCCGUACCUCCGCCUGCAAUAGAAACACCAAGAUCAGCAAACCGAUUGUUGCCUUCCGUACAUGGGACAAGGGGAGGUAACCGUCGAAAUCAGAGAAGAACUCAACAUACAACACGGAUCGUGGUGAAACCGCAGGACGCUGACAGGGAGGAAAUACGUUCUCCUCCACCGAGAUAUGAGGAAUGA